CGACCGUGAUGAUCCAUGUGCUGCAAAAAAAUAAGACAGGAAGAACUGAAGACGAAGAUCGUUGGACAACAAGAGAGCGAGUAGAGCUACAAAUAAUACGCACCGAAAAGAAAUAAAAAAGAAAAACCGCAACGACAAGAUGUACUCCGCUACGCCGACACGCAAUCACCAAAUUGAGGACGAUGAGGUGCUCGUCAGCUGGGAGAGCAGCAUCGGUUUGAAGCGAAAUCCAGUAGAGACGAAAACCGGAAAGACAACCCUGAUGCUCAGUACAUCAAUACGAUUUUUAGUAGAAACUCUGUCGUGGUGCUUUGCUCGUCACUCAUGCAGCUGUUGAAUUUUCAUCAUGCAGCACGUUCGGGACCGCACCAAGAUUGUCUUCUCGUCCCUGUUUCCCGAAAGAGAGAAUCUUUCCCUUUGCGCUGCAAGCAGAGAUGUUGUGCAAUGUUGGAAUGAAAAAUUUCAAUUUGCAGUACCUUUUUAAGCACUUCUCGCUUCACAGGUCGCAUGCCUGUUGAUUGACCAAAAUCAAAACACACAUUUGUCCACAGAAAAUCUUUUGGCGUCCCAGAGUCAGCAGGAUGUACUGGAUAUGCUCGCCGCCCGAAACUUCCACCCCGGUCGCAGCUUCGACUUUUUCUAUCUCCCAAUCGACUUCCGCUCCAGGUAUAAAGAAGUAUAGUUAAAGCGAAAGCGCGAAUACUUAGCACAGGUUGACUCUGAACAUGUGUGUCUGGUGUCUCGCCUUCUGUCAUCGUGCGAUAUCACAGAAUUUUUACGACAAACAGGUCCAACUACGGCUACUGCUUUGUGAACUUCGUUUCUCUGCUAUCCACAUCAAAAACAGCUCAGUGUCCACCGACCCUUGCUGGUAGCGUGCUUUCUUACGUUACGCAAAAAGCUGUAAGACCUCUGUUUAGGAUAAACGAAAAAGUGCACCACGUAUCCAUGCCAUAAAAACGAAAUUUGUAUAUUGCACUGCAUGAUGUUGCAGCCAACAAGACUCAUCGGUGGACUUUUCAGAGUCGUUUUGUUUGUCCGCAAUAGCUUGCCGAGGCGAAGCGCUUCCACGCGGUCUUUCACCAAGUCAGCUUGCACCCGUCCGCGCCGCGGAAGUUGUCUGAAGUUGGCAUCGCGCGAGUGCAGGGAAAGAAGAAUAACAUCGAACAAUUUCGCAACUCGCCAAUCAACGCCGUAUUAUUUCGAUACUCUCAGCAUGGUUUGUCUUGUCAUGCAACACCUAAAAAUCAUGAUGAAGCUGCUGAAACCUGUGCCUAUCACGCAGUUGCAGUUCGUGUCCCUCUCUUCAGGCGGUAUCAAUCGGAUUCGGAGUCUCUAGAACAGUAUUUUUCAAACAUCAAGUGUAGUAAAAUAUAAGGAACAAAAACCUAUCAGAUUCCGGCCGCCAUUGCCCAUUACCGUCCCCUAAUUUUCGACACGCGCGGCGCGGUGCAGCCGUUCCCGGAGCCGGACCAGACCUUGCCGGCGCUGCAACUGCGGGAAUCCCGGCGCACCGUGGGGCCGCGAAACAAGAUGAUGUCCUCUUCCAUGACGGGGAGUGGUGGUGGUUUGUCAACGACCCCCAUGUUAACCUGCUCCGCGAACACAACGACGUGUGGGACGAACAGUGAUGCCGCGAGCGCCGCCAACAGUUUGAAUUGCUUCAACGCCGCGGCUGGAGCGGGGCAUGGCUUGGCGUUCGCUCCCAUGCCACAGUCAGGUAUGGUUUGAGAUAGAUUUUAGCAUCAUUGGUCUCAUGCCUAGGUUGGGGUGCCAGGACGUCCAGGAGGUCUGCUGGUGGCCUCGAAAGUGCCGCUGCUCUUCUAUUCUUUGAAGAACAAAUUGUUUUAUAAAAGAUAAAGAUGUUAAACUAGCCAUCGAAAUCGAAAAACGAAUUUACCUCAGAUCAAUCCACGAGUUGUGCAACCGGGGCGGCAGCGACGUCUUCUCCGCUGAUGAGCAGCAGCAAUACCACGAAGAAGUAUGAGAUGAGGAAAAAAAUCGAAUAGUUGUCGUUAACUUUUUUUUAUUUUCUGAUCCUGAUGGCUGUCAUUGCAUUAUGUAGUCUCACAAGAACCCAAGCGGCUUAUCACUUUUCGCAAAUUUUUGACUGGAACGCGUCCGCUCCUGACUUGUCUUCUUUUUCCUCGGCAUACUGUCAUCAACGCCAACACGCCGAGCACAUGCGGAUCGAGUACCUACACGACUACGAUGGACCCGGCCACCGUGGCUGCUGCCGCGCAGCACUACAUUCCGGCUGGAACGACCAAUGCGGCGUCGCAGCGGGGAGCGACAUUUUUCGACGCGACAGGAUCUACCUACUUUCCCAGCUUCUGGACCAACCCUGCGCUGGCUGGUAUUGUUUAGGUUGGAUGAGAUAUUUUAGCAAAAACAUGCGAGUGUCUGGCUCCCAUCUUCUCUUUGCGCAUGACUAGAAAUAAACCCACACCGAAUACAUCAUGAAGCUUUGUUGUGCAUGCGACAGACAGACUGAGUUUAGUUCUUGAUUAUGGUGGAGUCAAAAGAAACGCUGUCGUGUGCGCUCCUGUUUUUCGAGGUACACGUAUGACAUAAUAAUAUCACAACAGCCACCUAUCUGCACCCGGGAUACUACUACGGAAACUAUGCGGCGUUCGAUAUCUCAAAGGAAACGAUCAUCACCAAAAAUUACACAUAGAUUCAUUUGUAAUGCGCUUGCAAGAAUGUGCGACCGUUCAAUUACGGAAUGCAGUGCGCAGCUGUAGAUAAAGUUAAUAAAAGAGUAUUUACCUCUUUGUACUUAAUUACGUGGUGUGUUGAUGAUGGUGAUUUUUCCCUUGAUACCCAGAACACCCAGUGGAGCCGGCUGGUAGAUUUUUGUCAAUUUUUGUGGUAGGAGCGCGACAUCAACACCAUCGGGCCGACGUAGCAUUCGCUUCAUUCGGGGGGAAAGUACAGAUAUUGAUAAUAAUGGAAAUAGAUGCAGUCCAAUCAAUUUGAAUUGAUACAAAAUUUCCGAGAAAAAAAAAGUUGAUGCUAGACGUAUACGAAUGUGAAACUCAAACUUCUUUGGCUUUGGAAUACAGAUUUUUUUUUGACGUAAAUAGUGCUUAGAAAUAAGCUGGGAGCUAUAUUGUUUGCAAGAACGCGGGUUAACGUUAACACGAUUACAGAUUCCUGUGAAGCUGAAGAUAAUAUUAUUCUUUGCAACACCAGAAGCAAAGGACAAUGAGUACUUGCAUACUUAGAUUUUUUUCUUGUUUUCUCUACAUUAUUGAUGACUUGCAAAGACGAUGCUGUGGUAGCUCUGUUUCCGUGAAAGCAAAGAUGUGCUCUUUAUGCUGAAGCUACGUAGUGAUGCAGUGUUGAUACUCACAACAGCCUGCUGGGGAUACUAAACUACAAGGCGGUGAUAAAUUUAUGAACAUUAUCGAAGGAAAAUAUUUUUGUAAUUUGCAGCUUCGAUGGAUCAUGCACGUGACGAUGUUUUGCCAUUGCAUGACAUUGACAUGGUCGAUUUGGUUCCUGAGAGCGAUAUUAUAUUUGAAAGAUAAGCUUUUAUUUUAGUUUCGUACGUAAGCAAGCGGAUGUCACUGUGACUCGCAUACAAACUUGUUUUUUGAACAGAACCCGACAUAAAUAUUUUGAACCGGUGUUACCUCUGAGGUGUAUUUCUGGUAUACCUUUGAACAGCAAAAAGAUAAAAGUUUCAAAUUUAGCCGAAUUUGCCUCAUUGAAAAGAAUUUUUUUUACUCCCGUUUCGCAGUAGGAAAGUUUGCAUGUGCUUUAUCCAGCAAAAUUUGAAAUCGGAAAGGCGGAUCCAUCAGUUGCAACAAUUUUGUCAUCUUCGAGUUUCAUCAUGGGAAGCAAAAGCAAGAGCUUGCAAUCGAACCUCCAAACGUUUCUAGUAUUUUCUUCAAAAGAAAAUGAAAUAGUUCGAAAGAAACGCUAUUGACACAACAAGCGUGCUUAUUAUUUCAUCAUAUCAACACUACACGACCUGAAAUUGUUGGUGGCAAGUGUGCCUGGCUCGAGCUUUUCACUACAACCGC